CCCUGAUCCAGUAUGAUCUCAUCUCUAUCCUUACGUUAUUCCAUCGGCAAAGACCCUGCUUCCAAGUACGGCCGCCAUGCUGGGGCUAAACCACACCUUUGUGUCUGAAUUCAUCCUCAUCGGCUUCUCCACCUUCCCCCACCUUCAGCUGAUGUUCUUCCUGCUGUUCCUGCUGAUGUACCUGUUCACGCUGCUGGGGAACCUGCUCAUCCUGGCCACCAUCUGGGGCGAGCGCAGCCUCCACACGCCCAUGUACCUCUUCCUGUGCGCCCUCUCCACCUCCGAGAUCCUCUACACCUUCGCCAUCGUCCCGCGCAUGCUGGCCGACCUGCUCUCCACCCACCGCUCCAUCGCCUUCGUGGCCUGUGCCAGCCAGAUGUUCUUCUCCUUCACGUUUGGCUUCACCCACUCCUUCCUGCUCACGGUCAUGGGCUAUGACCGCUACGUGGCCAUCUGCCACCCGCUGCGCUACAACGUGCUCAUGAGUCCCCGUGGCUGUGCCUGCCUGGUGGCCUGGUCCUGGGCUGGUGGCUCCGUCAUGGGGCUGGUGGUGACAAUGGCAAUUUUCCACCUCACUUUCUGUGGGCCCAACGAGGUCCACCAUUUCUUCUGCCACGUGCCACCUCUUGUGAAGUUGGCCUGUGGGGGCAACGUCUCCACGGUGGCCCUGGGCGUGGGCCUGGUGUGCAUCACGGCCCUGCUGGGCUGCUGCCUCCUCAUCCUCCUCUCCUACGCCUCCAUCAUAGCCACCAUCCUGAGGAUCCCCUCCGCUGAGGGCCGGCACAAGGCCUUCUCCACGUGCGCGUCCCACCUCACUGUGGUGGUCGUGCACUAUGGCUUCGCCUCUGUGGUCUACCUCAAGUCCAAGGGUCCCCAGUCUCUGGAAGGAGACACCCUGAUGGGCGUCACCUACACAGUGCUCACGCCCUUCCUCAGCCCCAUUAUCUUCAGCCUCAGGAACAAGGAGCUGAAGAGCGCCAUGAAGAGGACCUUCCUCAGCGGGAUCCUUCUCCAGGGCUCCCCAAGGGGCUGGUUUCAUGGCAGGGAAUGUGGCGGGUGA